GGUUGGAUGAUUCUCGGAAUACUGCCCGUCUUGCGUGGAGGCUGAUUUGUGAUGGAUGUGUGCUGAAGGUUACUAAAUCUUUGGAUAAGGUUAGUAACUACUUCAUAUCUUCACUUCUAUUUGCUUUAACACCGACUAUAAACUUCAUUGACAAGACUCCACUGGGAAGUAACAGCAGACCUGAAACAUCUAGAGAUGGAACUUGUGAAACAAACUCUCUGGCUGAGGAAAGCCAGAACGUUAUUGCUGGAAUUAAGAUAAAUUCUAAUGUACAAACUGAAGAACAACAGACCACUUGCGUCGAUUCCUCUGCAGACAUCCGCCUUGUACCUAGGAGCAGCUCAAGGACCAAGUUAUGUGCUCAAGCCCAAAGCUCUUCCACAGCAUCUCCUGACGGAUUUCCUCUUCCUCUUGCGCAGGCGCAGCAAUCUCCCAGUACGGUAUCAGCAGGCAUUCGGCAAGUAUUGGGCAAAGGGCACCCUCCGAGUAUAGCCAGGUGUGGCCCUCCAGCAUGCGGAUCAGGACUAGUGCUCGUCUCCACUACCAUCUCCUCAGUUAAUAUCUCCAGUGAGGAUAUCAGUACUACUUCCGAUUGCUUAUCGCUGCUGACUGACUGGGAAGAUGUCGCUUUAAUACCAGAAUCUCAAUAUCAACAAAAUUCAGCCUGUGUCAAAGAUGACUCAAAUACAGAUAUUUUAACAGAGUUUGAAGAAAAACCAAUUUCGAAACAAUUGGCUGUGAUGAGUUCAGAUAAUCAUAGUAUGGGGAGAACCGUAAUACCUGUGGAACCCGUGAAAUCUAUUGUUUAUAAAAGUCCUGAUACUACUGUCUAUAAUGUAGGAACAGUACAAAGGCAGACUUCAAAUUUUUCAGCUUUUAAGUCACCAUCUGCAAGGGUCAAUGCUAUUUCAGCACAACCAGCAUUAACUGGAAAUUAUUCUACUCCUUUGGAGAUUCCUAAAAGAAAGCCAACUAGUCCAAAAAUGUUCCCACCAGCAAAAAAACAGUCUUUUGCUAUAUAUGAAGAGAAAACUGCAUCUUUUGAUCAUUCCUUACCUGUAAGAAGUUCAAGUUUGCCCAAAGUGUCUCCCGCCAUUCUGAACUCCACACUUGAUUUGAAUCAGUCUGUAAGAGCUGUGAAAAAUGGAAAACCAACUCCCCCUCUGUGCAACUGUGGUCGAAGAGCUAAAAAACUGCAUGUGUCAAACGGUGGUCCAAAUCAUGGCAAAGGGUUCUUUUGUUGUCCUGUUGGCAAGCACGAAGGUAAUAAGAAAGGUUGCAGCUACUUCAAGUGGGAGCAUGCGCUUCUGAAAGAGAAAUCUAAUGGUCUCACCCUGAAUGCAGAUGCUUUGACAUCUCUUGGAACUUACGCCAGUAAUUUAGGAAAUUCUUCCAACAAAAAGCAUUUGUCUCUUAGACCCUCUAUGAGAACUUGA